AUGACAAAGGCAACCUGAUAUUUCAUUUUCUAUUUCUAGCCUAAAAAUUAAAAUUGUAAAGUACGGGAAUGUUAUCAUUUUUGAUUAAAUUGGUUGCGUAUUUAAGUGGAUGAACAUUCCCUGCAACCCAAAUCUUCAUCGUGAUCUUCCACUUGAAGCACGCUGUCAUGGAAUCACUGGUCCUCUUAGUUUUUGUUCUCGGCGCCGUGGGUGCAGAUGUGAAUUCAAACCUUCCUGGUGCCGAUACAUUUGGUGGAGUGACAAAUGACCGGCUCGAUUAUAUAGCUAAGGACACUUUCCCUUCUUUGGAAUCAGGCGAUUUUUUGGACUAUAGAGUCGAUGAGAUCAUUGCAUUCCUCGGGUUGUAUGACGAUCAUCGUUUUGAGAGAGUGAUGACAAGCAGGGUCUGUGUGGAAUAUCUUCAAGACAUGGGGGCCGAGUAUCGCAAAACAUUAAUUUCACUUGACUUACCUGUUAAAUCCGGUGUUACCGCUUUGGAACCAAAUGAUCUAAAAGAAAACCAGAAAAUCUUGGAUGUGCUUCGAGGCUUGGCACCCGAGGGCCGGAUUACACUUAUUAAAGCAUUUGAUACCAAACGACUCGCAAAUGUUCUUGUAGCAGGAGGUGCUAAAGUCUACGAAGAUCAUUUGUUUCAAGGAAUAAUCAAAGGACUAAUAACAGUUUUUGGUGCCAACGAUUUUGAAGAAUAAAUGAUCAGCUGGACACGAUAGUUACCUCGUGAUGCCAUUGGAACUGUCCUUGUAAACUGACAGUAGUAAACGUCCUAAGGACACAAACG